AUGAACGAUAAGGGCCGAGCGGGUAUGCCUUCCGGUGGCUCGGAAGUUAAGCUGAAAACUGAACCAGUCGUGACUACCGGCUGGGGAGAUGCAUCCAGGGACGGUGAUAGUAAAGGUGUUGGUGAGGUGGACAAGAAAUCAGAUAUCGGAUCCGCGAUGGGUGCUGACUUUGGGGACCGAUAUAGAGUUGGUGAGGGUGGGGGUACUGGAAAUGUGGACUAUAAACAAGAGAACAACAGCGAUGUAAAGGAGGAGCGCCAAGUUCCCCCCCUGCCGCCAUCGCAGCCUCUAAAAACCCGGAACGAUAGGCGGGAGCAUUUGCAUGCUUACCAGAGUCAGUCGCAACUAAUGCAAGCACUCGCUGGAGAACAGGCGCGGAUAGAGCAGACAUCCCUCAAAGCACAGCCGUCUUCACAAGCACAGAGGCAUGAACGGGGCGACAGCGCGGCACACAGUCCAUCGCAGUACAUGUCACAGCGCCUGUCGCCAAUUCUAUCGCAAGCCCCUAACCGCCUCUUGGCACCCCGACCGGCCGCUGCUGUAGCACGUGGGAAUGGCACGUUGUUGGAGGAAGCAUCGGGCAAACAAGUGAAGCCGCCACAGACCCAGACUUACGAUCAGCGCAUACAGGAACAGCAAGAGCGGGCCCACCAGUUAGAGCAACAGCAGCGCAUGCUGGAGGCCAUACACGAGCACGAAGCAUCGACGACGACUGAGAGAUCGCCGUCCCCGCGAGUGGGGAGCAUUAGGGAUAUAAAAGGGGCCGACAGAGGGCAAUGGCCCCAAAGACAGGACGCCUCUCCCUCAAUACGUGCCCAGCAAUCGCCCAGUGGCACACAGCAGGCGCGAGCACAGAGAGGGGCGGAUGGGGGGGCUUGGAAUGGCUCAGGGCCCAUGAAGUUCCGAGAACACGAUACGGAAGCGGCCAGCAGUGCGCCGCAAGACAGGGUGUAUCGGUUCGACCAAAGGCCCGACCGAGAAGUGGGCAGAAGUCUGGGGGACUCUCUGAAGGAUCAGUUUGGCGAGGGUAUGAAGGCGCGGUCAGUCACGUACUCCCCACGGCUGAGUGUGCGCGACGAGCUACUUGUGACACACCGCUCGAAGUCUCAGCAGGACACUUUGAAGCCGUAUGGCUCGGGUGCGGGUUCUGAUGCGGAGUUGCCUACAGUUGCAAGCCCUGCGAAUGGCAGCUUGAGAAGAGGGGCCAACGAAUGUGCGAGCGUCAGCCCGAGUAUGGGUAUGGGUUUGGAGGUGCCGUUGAAAUGGCAACGCAAUCCAUCUACCCAGAGUGAGAAUCUCGGUAUGGCGCGGUCCCCACAGUAUUCGGCAAGGGCUGGUAUGACGCCAACUAUCCAGGGAGGGGAGGCGAAGCAUGAUGCAGCACAGCCACACUCACAAUAUCACCGAGAACAACGGGUCAACGUGUCUCUUACUCGCCCGAGAAGUGCAGACGUACUCACACAUGGUAUGGAUAUGCAUGCGGGAAGGGAGACGAAGAGGGUUCGGUUGGAUGAGAUGAGGCCCAUGGUCAGCUCACGGUCACAGCCACGAUUACCGCAAGUACAGGCACAAGCACAAGCCCAAGCAGAACUGGAAACCCAGGCGCAUUUGCGAAGGCAGCCUCAGGGUCUUACUCGAGAACAAGCAAUGCAUACACGAGACCAAGGUAUGUAUUCCCGGGCGCAGCUCCAACAGAGGACACAAUCACCGCAAAUGCAGUCACAGCCGACGAGAGAUGCGGAAGCACAGGGACAACGCCAGCUAGAAAGAGGCGAGGCCUACUUGCACAAAUCUGCACCGUCCAGGAGUGUGGGAGAUGAUCAGCACGGCCUGGAUUGGAAUGAUGAAGGUGCGGGCGGUAUUGGGGCUAUGCGGAGUAUGGCGCAACAGGCAGGACAAAAGAGCCCUCAAUAUCAAAGCCUGCGGUCGCAGCGAACGCUGGAGUCUAUCCCGCAUCAACGGCGGGACACGGCCGAGAGGGCGUACGCUGAGCGUCUACAAGGGAAUGUCACCGGUGGGUUGCGCGAGCGGGGUCGUGAAGGGGAUCGGGAGAUCUACCGCGGUCACAGAGGUGAAGAUGACUACGACAGAAAGUACUACCAAGCAAGCGGGGGGUUGUCUAACCGAGAGUAUCGAUACGAACGAGAAUUGGAAAGGGCAAGAGAAUUGGAAAGAGAAAGGGAAAUAGGAAGGGAAAGGGAAAGGGAAUGGGAAAGGGAAUGGGAAAGAUAUAGAGGAAGAGAUAAGGAGGAAUCAGACCUCAGAGAAUGGCACAAGGGUGCAAGCACGGGCAGAGAUAUGAAGAGAAGAGAGGACCGGCGACGAGACAUGGAACUCGACGGAUUUCGGGAGAUAACGUACAGAGACUAUCUCGACCGCACGGGUGAGAAUCUGGGACAAUUUCUACCCGGUUUGUCCAGAGAGGAUGGGCCAUGGUUCAACGACCGACCACUUGUGGCGAACCAACGGUACAUGGUAGAGGGAACCUACAAGAGGUCCACAAUGCCCACAGAUAGGGGUUACGAUUACAUGCACAAGCGUGGAGACAUAGACGGUUCUGUGGAUCCCAAGAAGGCUAUAUCCGAGAGUCCGUAUGACUAUCGGGAGGUGUAUACUGACAGCAAGGACGGCUUGGUAGACGAGCGCGAGAGAGCGCGUGCGAUGAGUCGAGGUGCGUUCGAUCCAAUGGGCGACGCAAGGCAGAGGGAUAUGCACGAGUCACGUGCCUUCCGCACACAGGCAGAGAGUGAGCGGGAUCUUCGCAUGCUCGAGGAUAGACGGAGAGAGGCGGACAGGGACGGUAUGGACCGUUUGCCCUCGCGGACCAGGCCAUCGGAGUGGACUAGGGCAGACCCCAGAGACAGGUCGAGGUUUGAGGUCGAAGCAGAGGCCGAUAGUGCGCGUAAGCUGCGGCACUCGCCCUAUUUGGAAAAUGGGCGGACAAGUGGGGGUAGAGACGUGGGGGGAGAUUAUCUGGAGAGUAUCGCGGACCAGAACACGGCUAGUGCAAGAGACCCAAGGAGUGACCGAGAGGCCGGCGACUGGCCCGCAGGCGUAGACCGAGAGAGUAGUCUGUCGCGAGCACGGAGUCAACCGGGGAUAGCCCAAAGAAGCAGGGCGUCCCAUGUGAGUGCAGUACCACCCAAAGCACGUAAGGAGCAAUCCCCGAGUGCACGGGCACGUCAUCUGUCCAACGCACAGGUACGCGGACAGGGCCAUGAACAGCCGAGCGUAUCUCAGUCGCACCUGGGCGUGGUGGGGACGAACGCGCAUCUGGGGGUGAGUUCUACCAAAGGCUCGCUGCUCCUGAGCUCCGGUACUGCUGGCAGCCUAGUGGCCGGGCCUUACUAUACACGGGAGCGGAAGUACAGUAUCGUGAGCGAUUCGCAUAACAAUGCCGACUCGAAGCAAGGUUCUGGCCGGGUGAGGAGAAACUCGAUGCACACGACCGGCUCGGGGGGGUCUCCUGGGGGGUCUGAUGUGGAGCCGGUCGAUGCUACGCCGGCUGAGAAGGAGAACUGGCGGAAGAUGAAGCACAAGAAGCAGGAGCGCAAACGCCGCGAUAUGCACAACGACUCGUUUCGGAAACUGGGGACCCUGCUGCCGUCCAAGGACGAUAUAAACCUGCCUAAGGUACAAGUCCUCACAGAAGCCAUCACACACAUCCACGAGCUUCGCCGCAUAGGAAGUGCACUUGAGAACGUGCGCGCAACCACAGCCGAGCAAACACGCGAACUGCAGUACUGCCUGCGCAGUUUAUUGCGAGACCGGCAGCGUAGGGGCUUGUCCGUGCCCUCCAUCGAUCCGGCCCUCUUGGAUGUACCACCGCUCGCGUUCAACAGGCCUGUAGGUAGCCGAGAGGGCAUGCGAAGCCGAUCAGUGACUGACUAUGAACAUGCGGAACGACAGCAGACGGCCCGAGGCAGCGGGCGGGAUGAGGGGUACAAGGAGAGUCUCAGAGACAGAGAUGCAGAUGCAGAUGCAGAUGGAGAGAGAGAUCAAGACGGUGGUAGGUAUAUGGACCGAGACAAGCACACAGAGGACACCCCGAUAGACGCAGAGAAGCAUGCGAGUGCUGAUGCGUACGAUAACGCAGACGGCAGUGGCGAAGAUGAUGACGAGGGCGAUCCCGGCGUAGGCGUGCAUACAGUCAAGGAGUUUGUGGUCAAGAUAAAGGGAGGCUCAGGGUCGGAGUGGUUGAGUUUCUCGUCCAUGCACAAGAGUGCCACAAACCCAAAGGGCUCGCUCCUUGCCACUACUACCAACAGUAAUGACAACAACAGCAACAGUAACAACAACAACAACAACAACAGUAGCCACAACACUGGCGGACACGGCAGUGGUGACCUUGACCCGAGCAGCAGUAGCAGGGCCUUCGACGCACCUUACGGGGGUACUAAUAAGCACGGUAGGGAAGACUGGUUGUCCAAUGGUGGCCAGAAACGACCCACAGGGCACAAGCGCAAGCCAUCCUCUCUCUCCACCUCCGAUGCCUACUCAAGCGCCUUCGCACAGCCAACGCCAGGUAUGCGCAGUGUCAGCGGCGGUAGACCAUACACGGCCCCCAAUCGAGGUCAACAAGUGCCCACAAGCACACAGACAGUCGGAGACAACAGCACAUACAGCCGAGGCCUCGAGAGCUUCUCUCACCAGGCUCGGGCGCAGCGGGGCAUGAGUAAACAGAUGGGGUCUCAGCGGGCGUACUCGCCAGCUCGAGAAGCCUCGUCACGGACCUGGUCUCCCAUGCGUGAGAGAGACAGUGGUGGACGACAGAGUGGGACCCAGCUGAAAGGUGCAGCAGACAGAGGGGACGGAUCGGCCAAGAUGCGGCUGUUGAGACUGCACGUGUCGGUCAGUGAGGCGCAGGAGAUGGAUGUGGACGAGGUGGUUGGAGAGGGGAAGGCAGGAGGACUACGUGACAGGUACGGAGGCACGCGUUCAACUGAUGACAGCAGACUGGAGGGGAGUGCCAUGAGAGCCGACGAAGCCGGUGCGAUGCGGAGGUGCGGUAGUACAAAGUAUUACUCGGAUCAGCAGGAGAAUCCGUACGGUUAUGACGAUGACGUGGAACACUAUGGCCGAGACAAGAGGCAUAUCGCAUAUGAAGCCGAGCAGUACUACGUCGAUGAGUUCGGGUUUGAAUACGAGCCAGAGGACCUGGAGGCGAGCGAUAUAGAGUAUGACGAAAUCGAAGAUGCCCUUGCUGCCCAACUACAAAUGGGGGAUAGGGGUAGGUAUAGGGAAAGGUAUGGGGACACAGACAUGGUGCAAGGUGAUAAGUCUGUAGGCGGAUAUACCGAGAGUACUGGUAUACUCUCUCACGCGUCACGUCCCCCCACCGACGAACACGGAAAUGCCUCUGUCAAUCCGCGCAGUGAGUUACAGGGCAAUAAAUCGGCAGGUGGACACGGUAACAACAAACAUAGCCAGAUGCCGAACCCCAGGUCAAAGGGUAAGAACAGUGUAGGUAGGAAUAGUGUAGGUACUAUUUCCAUAACUCCUAACCCGCCGCCACGAAAUCGUAGUAGGGCUAGUACGAGCUCGGCCGCUAAGCGCAAAACGCCCAAGUCUCGAUCUAACGCUCGCAGGAACAGUGAGAGUGCUGGAGGGAUCCAUUCGGAUGCGUAUGACGGUUAUCAUGGCAACGAGGAUGGUGGAGCCAGCGGUGCGGAGGGAACGUAUGGAAGGGGCGGUAGACCGGGACACAACGAGAACGAGCGUCGGCGAAGGUCUCAGAUGAACCAGGCUUUCAACGAACUUCAGCUUAGACUACCCGUAUUCAGAGCCAUGUCAAAACCCUCGAAGGCGCACAUCCUGGACGAGGCGAAGAAAUGUCUAGUCAAUCUCAAGAGCACCCGUGCGAAACUGAAGGGCCAAAUUAGUGACCUGCAGUACAGUAUCGAGGACAAAAGGCGCCGACUCGAAGCCCUACGUUCGCGAUAGAAGGUGCAUGUUUGCGUAUACGUGGGCGUGUGCCUGGAUGAUAGGCGACACGCCUGUACGGCAUGUGUUGUCUCAACGCAACCAGUGUCUAACGUUGAUGGGUAGACUAUUAAUAUGAACAAAGUGUACGCUCACGUCAAAAAACAUAAUCACUCACAUACAUAUACUAACAAAUAUAGAACAUAGAUGAACCACCUUCGGCCAGUAUACUCACACGCUGACAUUAUCUCGCAGCCAGGCAUACAUUCACAAACACACGCCCAAGGUAACAUACCGUAUUCACUAUGGCAUCUCUGCUAGUCUCGCAUUAGCAUACCUGUAUCGGAACUUUUCAUCGAGUGUUGUAGGCUUACUUUCGGCUGAAAAGGCAGGAUGUCCUACUGCUCUGAGACUUCGACUACACAAGCAAUACAAUAAACUGAAUCAGGACCACAGCUGAG